GUUUAUUGAAGAGUUUCAAGAGAAAUGUCCCUUCAGUAUUGAGUGUGGUCUUCGGCUAGCAGAGAAAUCCCAGACUGCAGUGGUCAGACACUUUGGCUUGCAAAUACUGGAACAUGUGGUCAAGCCUGCAUCCAUGUGAGCUGACUUUGACCUCUGACAUUUUAAUUGCCUUGCAUCCAGGUGAGCUUACUUUGACCUCUGACCUUUGAAUUACCAAUGAGAAGGCUCAAAUUAUAAAAAAAAAUGGAGUGGGGGUCACCAUGAGGGCCUUGGCGGAGCUGGCGGCCAGCAAACCUGCCAUCCCCAUGGUGACCCUAGUGGAGCUGCAGGAGAGUGCAAUUGAGCAAAACGAUGACUCCCCUGCCUCCACCACUCCAGCUCCCCCGCCACGUCCCAUCCCUGCCUCCACCGCUCCAGCUCCCCCGCCAUGUCCCAUCCCUGCCUUCACCACUCCAAUUCCCCCUCCAUGUCCCAUCCCUUCCACACUUUAAGCCGGCCCCACUGUCACCUUCCCACCUGCCAUCUUUUCCCUCAGCCCCACUGUCACCUCCCCAACUCCCACCUCUCCCUUGAGCCCCAGUCUUGAUUUGGACAUUUCUUUCUCCCCCUUUCCUGAAUUUUCUCCAACUUUCUCUCCUGCUCCUCCAACCCCCCUCUUCAACCCGUCCUUGAUGGCAUUGUCACCUUGUGACUAUUAUAUGCAGAGGACCCCCUCUCCUAUUACAAGGGAGGAGGCAGACCUCAUUGAGGAGCUGCUGGGAAUCACUUGUGAUGCGCGGGACCCGAAUCAAGGCUUCGAGGAGCAACCACAACAAGACAUGGCGACAGAGGUCUCGAGCACUCUGGGUUUUAGUUUUUUAAAGGACAUUGAUUUUUAAAUUUAUUAAUUAAAUUUGAUGUAUUUUGAUCUGUGUUUUUUAUUGUAAAUAGUUUUUUAAA